UGCUGUUAUAUGUCUUAUUUUAAGUUUAAAAAAUACGUAUAAUUAAAGUACAUAGUAAUAAAAAAAAUCUGUUUGCCGCUCAAAAUUAGAAUAAUCAUGUUUUCAAAAGUCAUAAUUAACAGCUCUUUGAAUUUGCUAAAAUGUACGAUCCAGAAGACGACAAAUAGAAAUAUAGGUCUUAUUCCCAUAGUAGUAGAACAAACAGGAAGGGGCGAACGAUCUUAUGAUAUUUAUUCUCGAUUAUUAAAAGAAAGAAUAAUAUGCUUGAUGGGACCUAUUCAUGAUGCUAUGAGUUCACUGAUUGUUGCUCAGUUAUUAUUUUUACAGUCCGAGUCAUCUAAUAAACCUAUUCAUUUGUAUAUAAAUUCUCCAGGCGGUAGUGUCACAGCAGGACUAGGAAUAUAUGAUACAAUGCAAUAUAUUUUACCCCCAAUAGCGACAUGGUGUGUUGGACAAGCUUGCAGUAUGGCAUCUCUAUUACUAGCAGCUGGUUCUCCAGGAAUGAGGCACUCACUACCAAACGCUCGCAUCAUGAUCCACCAACCAUCGGGCGGGGCACAAGGUCAGGCAACCGAUAUUCAAAUUCAAGCUGAAGAAAUUUUGAAACUGAAGAAACAAAUUAAUCAGUUGUAUGUUAGACAUACUGGACAAGAACUUGCAUUAGUCGAAAAAAGUAUGGAAAGAGAUAAAUUUAUGAGUCCUGAGGAGGCAAAAAUUUUUGGUAUAAUAGACAAAGUUUUAACAAGACCUCCAAAAGGAAACGUAGCAACGGAAGAGGUCAUAAAAGAAAUUUCCCCUGAAAGUUAAUUUUUUGUGUUUGUUUUACGUAUUGUUAAAACCUUUCUUAAUAAUAAAGUAAAAUUAAAUGUG